CAAAACACCCCUCAGUUAUCAUGGCAGAGCGGAAGGCUGUUAUCAAGAACGCCGACAUGUCGGAGGACAUGCAACAGGAUGCUAUCGACUGUGCCACUCAGGCCCUGGAAAAGUAUAACAUCGAGAAGGAUAUUGCUGCCUACAUCAAAAAGGAAUUCGACAAGAAGUAUAACCCCACCUGGCACUGUGUUGUCGGCCGUAAUUUCGGCUCCUACGUGACCCAUGAGAGCAAGCACUUCAUUUACUUCUACCUUGGACAGGUCGCCAUCCUCCUGUUCAAGUCCGGUUAAGAAGUUAUGCUGUAGCCCGAUUAUAUCCGGCUGGGCUGCUACUUUGCGCGAUAAUCUACUUUUUCGCACUUGUAGUGGCAUUUGCUUGGAUUCGCGGUAUUUGAUGUAUUGACGGAUGAUGGCUGAUCAGUGUAUGUUAUACUAUUAU